AUGUCUCGAAAACGACCAAGGCAAUCUAUUCCUUCUCAUGUAGAGUUUGAAAUAGAUACUUCUGACGAUAAUUGUGACGAGCUCGUCGCGAUUCCGAAUCCAGACAAUUCUGGUUGUUCUAGUGAUUCCGAUUCUGAUUUUGAAUCAAACGAUCACCUUUCGAGUAUCGCUUAUAAACAAGCAUCGGAAAAUUACACAGAUAAUCAAUGUAAAUUGGAAGGAGAUCACCAAUAUAAGUGGAUGGUUGGUGAAAAGAGCUACCCGAAUGAGACUGAAGACAAAUUAUUACUAACUGACGGUUUGGAUGAUUUGAAUACUUUCAUUGGCAUCAUCAUUGUAAGCUCGUUCAAUAAAAGAAAAUCUCAAAGAGACUAUUGGUCAACUGAUCCCUUCUUAUUAUGUGAGGUGGUUUCUUCUGCAAUGCAACGCGAUACAUUUGAGAAAAUCAAAUCAGAAUUAAAGUAUUCGAUGCCUAAAGACAAUGAUCCCAGUGAUAAGGCAUGGCGCGUUCGUAAAUUACUACAAUUAUUUCAGAGAAAUAUUCGUCAGUUUGGCUUGUGGAAGACUGCGUUAUCUGUUGACGAAAUGAUGGCCAAAUCAUAUGCAAGAACAUCGCUAAAACAGUUUAUCCGGGGAAAACCCAUACGAUUCGGACUAAAAUUUUGGGGUCUCUGCACCGCCGAUGGAUACCUGUUGAAUCUCGAUUUAUAUUGUGGAAAAACCUCAUCAAUUGGAGAUAAAUCGGGUAAAUGUGCUCUAGGUUCUCGUGUAGUGAUGGAAUUAUUGGAUCCAUUUCUCAAAUCUAUCCCUCCUAAGAAGAUAUCUCAGUUCCAUCUUUACUGCGAUAAUUUUUUUACGAAUUUCGAUCUCCUAGUACAUUUGAAAAAGUUAGGUUUACAAUGUACAGGAACUAUAAGAGAAAAUCGAGUCAAAGAAAAAAAUGUAAUCGACAAAAAGUCUCCACGAGAGAUUGAGAUUGAUGGAUCAGUAUGGACAGAACUAUUUUUAGAUGUUGAAAAAAGAAAAGAAAAAAUUGUUUGUGAAGAAACAAGUUUUUAA